AUGUUCCCUCUGAAGCGACCUCCUCCACCGCCACCACCUCCACAGGGCUCAAAGAUUAUUCGAUCACCUUCUCCUUCAGUAUCUCCACCAUCACCCUUGACUCGCCCAGUCCCCAUUCCCCAGUCUUUGUUGGCGAGCUUCUUUUUGUUGAACGCUCAGCAAUCAGAUACAGGGCCGACACAACGCAGUGUCUCAGCCUUCAAGGGCAGAUUUGGUAGUCCGCCUUCAUCUUUAAGAUUGCAUACCCCUCGUCAAAGCGUAUCGGAGUCUUAUCCCGAGCCUCCUUCCUUCAUUGCUCCCAAACCCGCCAUACCACCUCGACCCUCAGCUCUUCUGGCACCUUCACGAACGGUGCCGCAAGACUCGACUACAGAAAAAGCCCGGCGCGGGCCGUUUUCGGACGAUGAGGAGCAUGAUACGGGAUCCGAUGCAUCUCUAACCAUUCCCCCAAGGAGAUUCCAUCACGAGCGGCCUCUUUCUCAUCCAGGCAGAUCCAUGCGAGAGUCGAGUGACUCUUCAAAUGGGGAUGACGUACGACCUAGUACACGCCCUUCAAGCAUGAUGAUCCCCCCUCGUCGUCCUUUGUCAUCAAUAUCCCCAUCCAGCGACCUCAUAUCAUUGUCUCCAGCUCCUCAAGCAGUGCCCGCUCCUUCUGUAGCAUCUCCACCGCCCCUUCCUGUGCGCCGCAGCACACUUGCGCCCCAGCCCCAACCUCCGCCCGCAGAAAUAACUCAGCAGCCACGGCCACCACCUCCACGCCGUCUCCCAAGUCGCACGCAGCAACCCGCAGUAAUUAUAGGCAACAAUAAUAACGGUGUCGCGUACGACUCCCCAGCUCCUUCUCCUGUGGCUGAGCGCAGGCCGGUUGGUACCAGCAAGCUUCAGCCACCACCCACACGCACGAUUGGGCUUGGCGAGAGGCUGCCUGCUAUACGCCCUCCCACCUCCCCCUCAUCGGAUGAUGAUUCCGGGGACGACGAAGAUCCAAAGGUACACACCAUGGAUUCUUCGCCAGAUAGCAGCUCCUCCUCUCGUCGUCCACCUACACUGUCCUUCCGUGAUGGCUCUUUUGCAGAGCCUCGGAUACAGGUCCACGCUCAUACGGGAUGUGUUCUAGCUUCUGGGUCCCACAUCGUUGUUGCGCAUGGCCAUCACAUGAGGAUGUACGAUCUGUCACUGUCAGACGUUCCCCUGCUCUGCCUCGACACGAAAGAUAUGGCCAAAGACGCCAAGAAUACGUGUAUGGAGCUCAGGCCUUUCGAUAGCAAUUUAGAUCGCGGAUUUCGCCUGUGGGUGGGGACGAAGGAAGGCCAUAUCUUCGAACUGGACAUCAGGACUGGGGCCGUACUCGGAAUCAAACACGCAGCACACAUACAAGCAAAAGACGGUUGUGGAAGCCGCUUGGAUCAAGGAGCAGACGAAGCUCCUGAUCACUGCCAAAGAGUUUUAUGUGAGGCAGGCGCUCAUGUAAUCAAGUGA